GUCGUAGCCACUCAGUGAAGCGAUGAAGCUGUUCCUACUCGGAUGCAUUCUUGCGGCGGUGGGGGCUCCCGGGGCACCUGUCCCAAUGGCCACGGUGACGGCAGUUCUGGACGCAUCAAAUGACGCCCUGGACUUUCGGCCUUCAGAGCCCGUUGGCGCGGAGGGUGAUAUCGACCUAGCAACGCUCUCAAGUGGAAGACCUGCCUCGGGAACGGGACCGACGCAGCGCGUUCGCCAGGAAGCAGUGGUUCGAGAGCAAGCCGCAGACUCACUCGGGACGUCCUUAGCGCCCCCGCAGACUCCACGAGCACCGACGAAGCUGAGGGGGUCCACGUUGUGGCGACCGAACACGUCGCCGUCCGGACCAUGGGCGCCAGCAACCUCGCGCCCCGUCACGUGGUCCCCAAGAACGUCGCGCCCCUUCACGUGGGCGCCAGCAACCUCGCGCCCUGUCACGUGGGCCCCAAGAACGUCGCGCCCCUUCACGUGGGCGCCAGCAACCUCGCGCCCUGUCACGUGGGCCCCAAGAACGUCGCGCCCCUUCACGUGGGCGCCUCAGAGGUCGACGCCAGGGGACUGGGUUCCGGGGGGCUCCGGUGACUCAGGGGGUUCGGACUCGUGGGACUGGGAUUGGGAUUCGGACACUGGGAGUUCUGGCCCUUUGGACGCAACCGCGUUUCUCAUAAUAUUGGGUAUUCUUCUCUUUGCCCUUGUGUAUUUCGUGGUGUGCAGUUUUGCCAUAGGGUUGUGAUAAAGAGCAGGGCGUGCUAACUUAACAUUUAUUGAGAUUUUGAGUGCCUUUAUCUCGUCAACGACAAAAGGUAAAAAGUUAUGCACAGGGCAACUUAAAUUUAAAAUUUGAUUUUGAAUUUAAGUUAUUAUAUGCAUAAUUUUUUUAUUUCCAGCCGUUUACGAAAUAAAAUGUCAAAAAUCGCAAAUAAAUGUUAAGUUAGCACGCCCUGAUAAAGAGGCAGAUUAUGUAUAUUCAUUAUCCAUAGCUGUUGUUAUAUUUGUGAUCAUGUAAGGUGUGCACAAUAUGUAACAUCAAUUAGGGACAAGUACUCCCUACCGACCGCGCUGUAAAUGUCUUCCGGUGAAAGGCUGCACCAACAUACUAUAGGGGUACGCGCCGUUUAGUUUGGGCGCGUAGUAGGCGAGCGAUGCGUCUGAACACAUUCUUAUAGGAGAUGGCGAAGAAUAUGUGCAGAAUAAGGCCAAUACAGAGUCUUCCGUAACGAAAGGGCCGGAAUUCAUGCCCUUUUCGUGAUUAUCUUACUGAAAACUGCAGGAAACAAUGGGAAACUCAACUUUGAAAUUUUGGUCCGAAAUUGGUAAAUAUUGGGAAAAGUAAAGGUCUGGGAUGAAAUUGGAAGUCAUUGUCGU